AUGUUUAGAAUUAUUGUAUAUAUUGCUUUCAUAUUGUCUGUCUUGUCAGCUGCUGCUUAUGCUGGUUUCACAUGUGCAAAGCCUCCAAGCAACAACCAAUACUAUUUAACUGAUUUCUGUGGAUCUACCAGUGCUUGUGGACAAGUUCCAUCAUGCUCUGGAACUCACUAUUUCACAGCUGAUGCUCAAAGAUUCGGUUGUUCCAAGUACCUUAACCUCUGCAAUUCAUCAAAGAAAUGUGUCAAGGCACAGAUCUAUGAUAGUGGACCAGCAAUGUGGGUCGAACAGGACGCUGGCCGUGCCAUUAUUGAUGCAUCCCCAACGAUUUGUCAACUCCUAUCUGGUCACAGCAGCUGUGGAUGGUCAGACAAGAUCAGUAUCACUGCCACCCUCACUUCUGCUUUGGAUGGCCGUCCACUUGGUCCAUUCAACGUCACCAACGAAGAGUAUGAAGACAUGUUGGUCACUCACGAAAUUCUUUUGGAACAAUGUGAGGCUGAUGGUGUUUGCAAGGUCCAAGAAUAA